AUGGAGCCGGCUCCAAACCAUGUCCCUGGGCCUGAUGUCCCCCGAAUCGAGCAGAACAUUCCUUUGACACCUUUCCUCGAACGUCCAGCACCUUACACCUCUGAGCAUCAACUGUGGCCGCUGCUAGACACAUCAUUAGAUCCACUCGCGCUGAGGCGAUGGCCAUCGGAACCUGAAAUCUUCAGUUCAGUGCCAACCCAACAACCUGCAAGGCCAUCUCUCCACUACAGGCGUUUACGGAGACUCGAGUGUCGUGUCAUUGCCACCGUGCCAGGGCCUACUCUCGCUAGCAUUGGCAUCGAUAGACAGGACACUCCACGAAACUUGAGCUCCCUCGACAGCAUCUUGGAUUCCCCCGAACGACCCACCGCUCGACCAUUAUUGCUUCCAACUCCACACUCGAGCGUCUUUCCACCAACGCCAUGGGGGUUCGCGGCUGAAGAGAAUGCCGAACCGAGUGCAGGCUGGAACAACAACAGCACUCAUGCCAGUACACCUGAUAGAGUAUCGUCUGCAAACACUGGAUCAUCCACCCCAGUUACCUCACGGUUGCGAUCUCCAUUCGACAGACGCAAUGCUCUGGCGGAUAUCAGGUCGCCGCUACCAACAAAUGUUGAUCAUGAGGGUGAGUCAGGGCAGAGCGACUUGGGACAUCCUUCAGAGCAUACGAACGAAGACGACGCUUUACAAGCCCCACCCCAAUGCGAGCUCAAAAAGAAGUGCCGGACUUCAAGAUUCGUGGAGCAUCUCGAUAUUAGUGCUCCGCCGCAGUACUUCGAUAGGGGGGAGCUGCACGACAGUGGAUAUGAUGGUGAUGAUGAGGAGAGUGCUUGA